AUCGCCGGUUGUUCUUGUGGCCCAGUGAAAGCAGAAGGCAUAGUCCACUUUUCAUUCAAGGCAAUCAGAGGCUGCGUGGAGUUAGCAUUCAUUUGUGUUGGUUGAUGUGCCGGCUGGUUGUAUUAACAUUGGACGCCCAAAGAGAGGCUCGAGGGAACGUUACAUGGGGACAUAUUGAUGAAAGAAGACCAUUGGUACUAAAUGAUGGGAUUCAGACGCUGGAUUGUAUGUGGUGGGGCGUUGGAUUGUAGUCCUGACCACGUGGGCCCUCGACCCAAGAAAGAAGAUGGCGGUGUGCGAGCACUGAUUAAGCGACGUCUUGAGAACAAGGCCAAGAGAACUAGCAACACUCAACUGAACCACAUCGGACUAAACAAAGGUGGCAGGCACUAUGGAUCUAAGGAGUCUGUAUCAAUUCCUGUGAGUCCAGUUGGAAGUCUGGAUUUAAAUGCAGAUGCCAGUACCGUGGUCAGGCCAGUGCACAGCUCCAUUUUAGGGGAGAAGUACUGUUUUGAGGUCAUAAACUCUGAGAACACACACUGCUUUGGCUGCUCCUCAGCUGCAGAGCGUGAUCGUUGGAUUGAAGACCUCAGAAGGGCUGCCCAGCCUAAUAAGGAUAACAUUGAGCGCACAGAGAACUCUCUAAAUCUGUGGGUAAAGGAAGCAAAGGAUCUGCCCCCCAAACGGCGUUAUUACUGUGAGGUACACUUGGAUGGGACUCUGCUUGCCCGUACCACCACUCGCCCUGUUGGAAAGGUGUCCAGUGGCUCCACCCUGCCCGGGGAAAGCGCUAAUGGCUCUUCAGGAUACCUGGGCGGCAGCGGAGGUGUUCCUGGGGGAUGUCAGUUAUUCUGGGGAGAGUUCUUUGAACUUGACAAUCUUCCCUGCAUCUCCCAAAUCACCUUGCACCUCUUCCGUGAAGAAGACCCCAAGAAAAAGCCUCAUUCCCGAGAUGAGGUCAGUCUGCAUCCACUGGGUAGUGUGAAUAUAAACUUGGCUGAUAUCCGAGGGAGGACCUAUCAGGAGAAGUGGUAUCCCAUCAUUCCUUCCAAGCUGUCAGGCACAGGUUGCACCAAAGAGCAUCUGGGGCCACAGGCUUCUCUCCGCAUCAAGGCCCGUUUCCAGAACCUGCAGGUUCUACCUAUGGAAAAAUACAAGGAGUUUGCUGAGUAUGUAACUGUGAAUUAUGUGGACAUGUGCACAAGCUUGGAGCCACUCUUGAAUGUGAAAGAAAAGGAGGAGCUCGCCGGGGCUCUUGUACAUGUGCUGCAGAGCAUCGGCAAAGCAAAGGAGUUUCUUGUUGAUUUGGGCGUCGCCGAGAUUGAGCGUCUCGGAGACAAGGAGGCGCUUAUCUUCAGAGAGAACACACUUGCCACUAAAGCCAUAGAUGAAUAUAUGAAGCUGGUUGGACAAAAAUAUCUCAUCAACACGCUAGGGGACUUUAUCAUACGUCUCUAUGGAAUGGGGAACAACUGUGAAGUUGACCCCCGCAAAUGUCAUGCCUCUGAACUACCAAACAACCAGAGGCACUUGAGGGAAAUGUGUGACCAGGUGGUGCGGAAAAUUAUUGACCCCCACAAACACUUUCCCGAAGAGCUGAACAAGAUUUUCUCAAGUUGGGCGGAGCUGUGUGAAGACCAAGGAAGACCAGAGAUUGGUCAACGUCUCAUCUCUGCUUCCCUCUUCCUUCGCUUCUUGUGUCCCGCUGUCCUCAGUCCGUCUCUUUUUGGUUUGACGCAACCAUACCCGGAGCCAAACACCCUGCGCACACUCACCUUAACUGCCAAAGUCAUCCAAAACUUGGCAAACUUCACUCUGUUUGGAGAGAAGGAGGAGUACAUGCUGUUUAUGAAUGAAUUCUUACAGCAGCAUUGGGACAGAAUGAGGGGGUUUCUCAAAACGGUAUCCAAUCCAUACACUGAGGUCCCGAUGAGCUCUUUUGAUGGCUAUGUGGAUCUACCUCUGCGACUGGCCGUGGUGCAUGGCCUGCUGGUGGACAUCAUUCAUCUGAGGGACCAGGAAACAAUUGAGAAAUUGCACCCUCUGCCUAUGAUUCUGAACCAGAUAACAGAGUCAUUGGGCCCUGAGAUACGUCAGAUCACAAUUAACAACACAGGGAAACAAGCUAAGCCAAUGUAUGUUCCUCCAAAAGACUUGGGCAAAUUCAGCCCUCAUCAAUCAUCCCUCCAGCAGCUUCCUCAGGAAUCCAGGAACCUAAGAGAUGGAGAUGUCAAAGCUAGGAGAAGGAACCCAGUCACCAGAACUCAAAGUGCUCCACAUAGACGUCCUGAAAAAAGACUGAAGAGGCAAACAAGUUCUGAAGCUCUGCCUAGAGCUAACCAUGAACGAGAUUUGGAAACAAACCAGCCCCUGAUCUCGUCACCAAAAACUAGUGACGCAAUUAAACCAUGUGCACCAGUUCCCUGGAUUAAAGACACGCAAAGCAGAGAGUCCAGAGAGAUGACUUCUGAACAGGCGGAGCUAAGCUUACUCGAUAGGCAUGCCCAGGAACUGUCCGAGCUUGGCCUGGGACUAGACCAGGUGACUGAGCGUGAGCUGGAAAUGGCAAAGCGCCUGGAGGACUUCAUUAACCAAAGUCAGGACCAGAAUGCAAUACUGCAGGCUGAAAUGAAUGAGCUCCGGCAUCUGAUGGCUACACGAGAGGAGCAGCUUGCUAGCGCCACCUUCAGGUUGGGUGUGAUUGAGGAGGAGAGGGAGGAUGUUGAGCGCAAGCUGAAUGUCGCAAUUGCAGCAGCUGAGCGGAUGAACAUACUGGAGGAGCAGUUUGCCAGUUUGAUGAAGGACAUUCAUCACCUCAAUGAGACGUGCAACAAUGAACAAGCUGAUGAAAAGUAACAAAUUGUCAGUAGGCGAGAAAUUAGUUCCGAGGCCUUGCCACAGUUUGGUAUAGUUACAAUGUUCAAUAUAUAGUAAAUGAGUAUACCCCCACCAAGUAAGCUUUUCAGCCAUUUCUCGGUAAACAAAACUAAUCUAAACUUAGCUUUGCUACACUUUUAUUGGUAUGGAACAUCAAAUUAUUUUUUACCCCAAAAAUAAAAUGUUUUGAGUUCACAUUGACAAAUGGCUUAACAAUAAAAUUGAUCAUGGAGUAUAUUGUAGCAUUGUACCCCAUUAAAAUAAUUAUUCUCAAAGGAAAAACAAUGUUUUCUCCCAAAUCUCUGGGGGUGUACUCAUUUAUAUGAAGCACUGUAUAGAAGAUAAAAAUUCCCACAAAAUAGCAGUAGACAUACACUCAUCGGUCACAUUUGGUUCACUAACACAGUCUAAUGACAUCCAAAAUAAAACCUUUAAGAAUGGCGCCCUUGUGAAAACAAAAAUGGUCAGUAAGCUACAAGUUCUUGAGAGGGGUACAACAUAAGAUCAACCUCUCGGUAUAAAGACUUAUAUACUGUAUGCACCAGUCGCAUUAUGGGUACUUGCACAAUAAUAUCCAAUUUGGAGAUGUGUCAAAUAUUCUGCCUUUAUGAUGAUUGUGAUCUUCAGUUUAGAGUUUUAAUAUGACAAUAUGUUCAUGAUUGUAGUUGUGGCUUGCAAUGAGAGCUGUAUAUAAUCACAUGAGUGUCUCAUGUAACUAAUUCAGAUAACCAAAAUAUUCAACAUAGCUUUAAUUAUGAUGAGGCACAGUUUUACACCACUGCAAACUACAAGCAUGAACAUUUGAUCAAUUAAUAACUUUGGUAUUGUCAAUUGUGAGCAUUAUCUUUGUAAAGCCAGAAUGUUUGAGGUAUUGGCCUCUAUUUUCGUGACCCGCGUAUAUACAGUGCUGCACCUGGCCUAACUCUGCUAGCAGGCGGGUAAGACCCAGUGUUGGUAAUUUCAUGGACCGGCAUACAUCAGCGCAUUUAAGAAUGGCAGCUUUGCCCAGGUGUGGGCGUGUUCACAGCCGACUUCAACCCUGUCCAAUCGAAGUGGCUCAUUUCAUUCCCUUUAAUGGCAGCUAGCAAGUGCUGCACUGAUAGUCUUAGUGGAAGAAGGAACUGUUUUGCUCAAGACCGGGAGGUUGAAGCACACAAAGUACGUUUACAUGGAACUGCAAGAAGACCUCCACAGGCAGAUGAUGUAAAGGUGGCAAGGGAGGAGAGCACAGAUCUGUGCCGUGAAGUGGGCACUUGGAGACCGACCCUCCCCCAUAGUUUGUGUGCCUCCCCCAGCUGUGCCACAGCCAGUGGGAUAUUUAAAAAAAUAAAAUGAUAAUAAUAAUAUUAAUUCAAUGGUAAAUCAUUCUGAUGAUUAAUUUCUACAAUGAUUUAGAGCUGGGAUGUCAAACUCGUUGUAGUUCAGGGGCCACAUAGAGCCUAAUUUGAUGUUAAAGGGGGCGGACCUCUAAAACCAUACUGACAGUAACAUAAUAAUAAAUAACACGUUUUCCCUGUGUUUUAAUGCUAACCAAAACAAAUACAUGAUUAAAUAAGUAGAUUUAAUGACAUUUUUUAAAAUCCUUUUACAAAACAACUUCAUAUUUCUUGACAAAACUUUGCUUCAGUUUGUCACCUACGUGUGCUAACUGAUCAGAGUGAUUGCAUUUUAAAGCACAAAACUUUAAGUAACAGGUAUUUGGAACUGAAAAAUACAGUAUUGCACAUUGAAAUUAAAUCAACCUAUGAAGACCUAGGAAUUAUUAGCGCUCCGUUUUCUACACGAGUAUAAAAAUUCUCAAAAUUAUCCUUCCCACCGCUACAAUGUCUUAUGUAUUUUUCACUUUCAAAAUUCAUUCUGUCAGCCAGAUUGUACCCCUUAGCGGGUCGAUUUUGGCCUGCGGGCAGCAUGUUUGACACCAUUGAUAUAUAUAUGUAUAAAAACUAACUAUAAAUAUUGAAUAUUUAUUGAAUACAAUUAAACACACUAGGAAACAAGUAAAUUCUAAAAUCGCCAUAGUAUUUUGUGUGGCCUCUCUCACACUUUUAGUGUAUUUGCCAUAAAACAUGUUAUAUGUAAUUGUAUUGUACCUCAGAACCAUCCCUAGGAUUGUGCAUGACAAGCAAUUUCAAAAAGAUACUGAUAAUCCGAACAACAAAAGUUAUUUUACAACGUUUUAAGUAGCAGUAACAAGUCUCUUUAAAAGCUAAAUGAUUAAAAUGUUGUUAAAGUGAAAUUUUUUUUUAGUUGAAGAGGGGUAAAUUAUGUCAUUUUAACACAUUUUAAUCAUGUGCAACCGAUGUACAUGUUCAAAUUAAGCACAUUCAAAGGACUUUUUAUCAGUGUAGUGAAUGUUUGCUGUGCCAUGUUGGUUAUCCUAAAUACAGCACACACUAUAUGAGCAGUAAGAAGACAGCAUUUUUUUCUCCUCGUCCUCCGUGGGGUCUCUCACCUUUUAAAAAUCGGUAACAAAUUUAACGAUAUUUCAAAUCAUUAUGUUUGUAGCCCGCUACAGGAAAUAAACCUGUCAUAUGUUUUUGCAUUACACAGAGAGCAUUUGAAAAGAACUAAAACAUAUGCUAUAUUUAAUUAGACAUUUUAAAAAGUACAAUGGAACACAAGAUUGUUAAAUCAUUACUAAAUGAACACAGCUUUUAUGUACAAAGUAUAACUACUUUGUUUUAUCAAUUUAUAAUACUAUAGUGCAUCUGAGCACAAUGAUUUACUCAGCAAACAAUUAUUAGUAGAAACUACACGAUAAGGACCUUUGCUCUUUUACUACAAUUGGCUGAUCCAGUGUUCUCCUGAUGACUUGUCAGUUACAAACCUACCCAAGACUCACUUCAGCAUUCUGACAAAGAAGUCACUGGGGAUGAUUCCAGCCGCAAAGGUGACAACCAUGGCGAGUAACACCAAGCCACGACGUAAAAGCAUCUCUUUUACCGUAGGAACAUCUUUGACCAUGUUGGUUGCAGUGUCCUGCUGCUCCGGAAUCUGUAGGAGCGUGUGGUCCUCUGCAGUGCUCUCACGUCUUGGUGUAAGGGCAGGAAGCGGAGCCUGAUUAGUGUUUGAGUCUAGUUUCGGCAGACUAACACUUGACAUAUACUUCUUGAAGAUAUCAGCAUCAGAUAUCAACUGUUGCUUCCCACUAUGCAAGUAUAUAUUGUUGUGCACUUGAUGGCAAAUUGUAACUUUUUAAUGGGAUCUCCAAAUCUCUGUAUUCACCUCCAUGUUCUGUAAGCAACCAAUUACGAUAUUUUUAUUGUAUUUUUUGAAACAAUUUUCUGCUCAGGUACUUGCUUGCUGCAUGUCACUUUACUGAUAUCUAUUGUUAAAAACGGUGAAAAUGAAGUAUAGCUUUACAGCUGUCCUGGUUUAUUUGCCCAUGGUGAAAAUGAAUGAGAGGAACAGGGGUAUGUAAAAAGGGUAUUUUUCGAGUGUUUUGAGAUGUAAUAUUGGCUCUAUGGUGCCUCAGUAAUCAUGUCAAAUAUGAAUUAAAAUCGCCCACACGUUCCUCACUCACAGAUGUUUUUCUGUUGAGAGGCCUGAAAGCAGGUCAUUCGAAUUUCUCCAUCUUAUCUACGUCACUCGCGAAGGUCUCCACCUUCCCUUUCCACUCCCAAGCCAACGCUGUCAACAUAACAAACACGUGUGCGCUCACAAGUAAGUCUUCUACGCUGAGGCAAUCAAUCAGAGGAAAAGGUCUAGGCCAAAUAUGGACAAAGCAGACACAAAAGUGGGUCAAACAGAAGUAGCUGUCAGGGGGCCUUUUCUGGACAGUCGUAUGAUGAAACCAAGGUGCUUUUUGAAAUUAAAUUGACACUUGUAUACUAAGUCCAUGUUAUAGAGUAACUCUAUGGAGGUCUAAAUAGCCAAAAUAUGAGACCUUUAAAAAGUAUAAGACAAGAACAAAUCUAAAACACAGAUGUGUCUCCUUUGGAUGAGUAAACCUUUGCAACGAUUACGAUAGUGAACUGAAAACAUGUAGCUCUCUAACUUUGUUUAAAAAGAUGUUUAAAACAAGAGUGAUACUGUAAAGAAUCAGGUAUAAGGUGAAAAAAUGUGUAUGUACAUGUAUAUUGUGUGUCUAUUAUAUGUAUAUACUGUAUGUGCAUAUAAUAAAUAAACACAAAUAGAAAAUAUGAAGAUGAUGAAGCAGUUAGCAAUGCUAGCUGUUAUAUAGUGGGCUAUGUAUGUAUAUAUAUACUGUAUCAAUUGUUAAAAUUUCCGUUACACAUUGGAUGGACCUACUAUUUUUUGGAUAAUUAGAAUAUACUGCAAAUGAUUAGCUCCCUAAUUUAUUAUGUCAUUAUUACGUUACAUGGACCCGUUAAUUUAGCAUACCUAGAUUAUUAGAAUACUAUAUACGAUUAGCCUCCUAUAACAAUAAUAUCGUACAAGUAAAAUCUAUACUUUUAAGUACUAUUACACAAAGUUAAAUCUAUACUCGGAAAUAGGAGUAGGACCCAGUGCUGGGCGAUAUGGAGAAAAUCUCUCACAAUAUGGGCCAUUCUAUAUCAUAAUAACGCUACAAUAUAGUAUAUUUUCAGCUAUUCUAUGAAAGACUAUACAAUGUAGUAUGACUGCUUACUUUCACUCACUUUAUUUCAGAGUUACAUUAAACAGACCAGUCAAAAAUGAGAAAUGUAUCCACCAUCCAGUAGUGCUGCAAUUAGGGCUGAAGCUAUUGAGUAUUCUAGUAACCGAGUAUCCUACUAAGAAUGCUAUUGAAUGAUCAAGAAUUUGGAUCAAGUAUAUAUUUUUGGUUGGUUAAAGAGCAAUUCUGAAUACACAAGAAAAAAUAAGUUAUUUCCCUUAAUAAUGAAUGAUCAAUUGGUUUCCUUUUUAAGCUAAUCAACUUAUUUUCUGAAAUUAACAUUGUGCAUACGCAGCAAACUGCAUAGUUUGGACACCACACUGUAGGACAAGUGCAAAGUUAUGGCCCAUAUUGAGUAAAUGUGGGCCACACAAAAAUGGAGGAUGACCAGCAAAUGGCCCCCAGGCCUUAGGUUGAACACCAUUGUGGAAAUCUUUGCUUGAAAAUUGGAUGAAGGACGAUAAAAACGAUAGAAGACAAAUGGCACGAUAGAACGUUUUCUAUCGUCCCCACGAUAUAUAUCGCCGUAUCACCCAGCAAUAGUAGGACAUGAGGUUUUUUACUUUUUCCUACUCCUAUUGAACAUGUACAUUGUACAUUUUGUUUCAUUUGUUUUAGUUUUUCCAUUUUGUCUAUAGCCUGUUUGGGUUGAUUUGUUUCGUCAAUAAAGAUGUUCAAAAUGUUCAAGUCAAGUUUAUUACAUAAUUGCUACAUCAUGAUAUCCUCAUUAUUGCUGAAAUAAAUAUUCUAUAAUAUCGU